CACGCCCAAACUGUGAAUUCAUUGGCGAAGAAGACAAAUCGACAGUCAACAUGGCGUCAAGUUACGCGUCGUUUGUUGUGCUGGGUUCGGUUUUUCUUUGCCAUCUCAUGAAAACCCUCUUGCCCAACAUUUCGUCGUUUCUCUCCAAGAUGGUGCAAAAAGAUGCCGAACAGGAGAAUGAGAUGAGGGCUGAAAUCCAGGCAAUGAAGAAAGAGCAGUCUUCUAUUAGUAUGAUGGAUGAAUUUGCCCGAUAUGCCCGUUUAGAGCGCAAAAUAAACAAGAUGACGGAUAGGCUCAAAACACACGUGAAAUCCAGGACUGCACAACAAGCCAAAAUGAAAUGGGUUGUAAAUAUCGUCUUUUACAUACUGCAGGCUGCUCUGAUGAUCUCUUUAAUUUGGAAGUAUUAUUCUGACCCAGUGACGGUGGUUCCCAGUAAAUGGAUUGCCCCUGUCGAACGACUCGUUGCUUUCCCAACUGGAGUUGCGGGUGGUGUGGGAAUCACAUGCUGGUUGGUUGUUUGCAACAAGGUUGUAACAUUGGGCCUGCAUGCCUUCAGCUAAGAACUGGUCAUGCAAUUAUAAAAUGUCAAAACACUCGUUUGUGUUAAAGUGGCCCUACAAACCCUUGUUUUUUUUCGUAUUACAUUGUUUGAAGAUAAGUUCUGAAAAAAUGUGCAAAAGAUUGAGAACAAUAUAGUACUGAAUUGUUGCGA